AUCUGGUUGGCCACUGUGAGAACAGGAUUCUGGACUAGAUGGGCCACUGGCCUGAUUCAGUAGGCUAUUCUUAUGUUCUUGUUCUUGCUUCCCAACAAUAACAACAUACAAGAAGAAUGUUUGAUAUUAGCCUUUUGAGUAAUGAGAUGUUAUUAAUCCCUAUUGAUUAGAAUACUGCCAUUGAUUUCAGUAUGAUAUUGAUAGUGCUUUUAGAGAACUAUUCAGACUUCUCAAAAAGCCCUUGUUAGAAACUUCCAGAUUGGUGGUCUAUGAUCUUUGCAGCGGAGGUGAAAGAAAGUAGGCCUUUUCUAUGUACUUUACUGAAAUCAAGUUUAAAGUAAAUAAGAUUUCAUAGUUUGCUUUCUUGGUCGUGUGGAUCAGUUAUAGAUGAAUUGGGUUCUUGCACCGUUCCUAUAUAUAUGCUAGAUAAUUCGGACAUUUAUUUUUGAGGAGGUUUCAUUGAACUCAGUUGAACCUCCGGUUUUGGGCUACCCAGUUUCUGUUGCUUCAUAUUUAUGUAUUUUAUGGAAUUUGUGAAAAAAUUGGCUUGGAAAGCGUCAUGAAAAUGUUUUAUGAAUGUAGUCAGUAUAUUUGAGUGCCUUAACUUUUGUGAUGUUUUAGUGCUCUAAAGAGAUAUCAUAGAAUAUAUUGUAUUCUGGAUUUGUGGUUGAAUGACAAGCAUUCGUGGUGAAAUUGGAAUGGGCAUAAGCAGUAUAUUUUCCUGAAUUUACUUAAUUUUUGGAUUUUUCAUCCAAUAUGGUCAUCUUUACAACAACGAAUUAAACUACAGGCGAACAUCUUGCCACCCUCUUCUGAAAAGAAUUUAAGAACAACUGCCGACUCCUAUUUUUGUGUGGGACUUCAGUUUUCUAUAACUACAGGCAGUGAAAUGUUUGGGUUCUUCCACCCAACUGUCUGUGGAUCUUUUGAAGUCUGAUUUCAAACUAUUUUCUUCACUUGUUGGAAUCUGUUUUAAAUGGAUACACUGGCUUUGGAUACAUUGUUCAGUUGAGAUUGGUUAUUUUUGAUUUUUGUGCCUCUCUGGACUGGGAAAUAAUUUUAACACAAGAAUACCAAUCUUGAUUUCUUACUAAUGUUGACCAUGAUUAUGAAUAUACCACAGUAACACAGCAUAGUAUGUAAACCUGCUUCUUGACCAUUAAUAAUGUUUCAUUUUCUUUCCACAGUUAAAUUGAUUUCACAGACUUUAUCAGGUCUUCUAGAGGGGAAAAAAAAAAGGUGAUUAUUGCUGUGGGCUGAGCUCAGAAUGGCGGUAGUCAUCCGUUUACAGGGGCUUCCUGUUGUUGCGGGUUCUGCAGAUAUUCGCCGCUUCUUCUCAGGAUUGAAUAUUCCUGAUGGAGGUGUACAUAUCAUUGGAGGAGAAAAGGGGGAAGCUUUCAUUAUAUUUGCAACAGAUGAAGAUGCACGACAAGCAAUGAGCUAUUCUGGAGGAUUUAUCAAGGAUUCACGUAUAGAGUUCUUUCUUAGCAGCAAGACAGAAAUGCAGACUAUAAUAGAAAUUAGUAGGAGAAGACGGGCAGGUUCCAUUAACUCAGGUGCAUCUGGAAUUGGCAAUCUUUCAAAUUUAGUUGCAGCCAUUAAUAAAGGAAUGCAUCAAUCUAGCUGUAGUUCCAUGGAUCCAUUGGGGAAUGAGUUCCGUUCAAAUGGAUCUCGAAACAGUGAUACAGAUAUGUUGGAACCAAACUAUAAUCAGCCUAAGAAAGAGCCAUUUCCAAGUGUGUACCUAUUUAUACGUGGUAUGCCUUAUUCUGCAACAGAAGAUGAUGUACGCAAUUUCUUCUCUGGAUUGCAAGUGGAGGGAAUAGCCAUGAGAAGAGUUAAUGGUAAAAAUAAUGGAGACGCUGUGGUAAAAUUUGCAACAUUAAGCGAUGCCACGGAAGGGCUUCAACGUGAUCGAGAGUAUAUGGGUUCAAGAUUUAUUAUUGUACGAACCUCUGGUAAAGGAACAUGGAUUAAGUUUGGUGGAAAGAUUGGCAGUCCUGUCAAUACCAAACAUUUCAGUUAUCAUUUGAAUGAGGAAACAUUUUCUUCAAGCAGAGAGCAUUCACAAAGAGAGCCAGACUAUUUCUCCUCAAGAAAACGCACCUGUUCAAGGUCUCCAGAGAGGGUUAUGGCACGCACUCGUUCAAGGUCUCCUGCAGGGAGGAUUACAUCACAUACCCAUUCAGGGUCUCCUGUGGGGAGGGGCUUGUCACGUGCCCAUUCAAGGUCUCCAGGGAGGGUUAAGGCACACCAUCGGUCAAGGUCACCACGGAGGGUAAGGACACGCACCCGGUCAAGGUCACCACGGAGGGUAAGGACACACACCCGGUCAAGGUCACCACCACGGAGGGUUAUGGCACGCACCCGGUCAAGGUCACCACCACGGAGGGUUGUGGCAUGCACCCGGUCAAGGUCUCCACAACAGAGGUUUAUGACACAGUCUCGUUCUCAACACAGAGAAUAUUAUAUACUCAUUAAAAAUCUCCAACCUACUGUUGAGAAGAAAGAUUUGAUAAAGUUCUUUGGGCAUCCAGGUGUGACUGCCAGUCCUAUUAUAUUUUUAAAGCCAGAAGGUGAUGCAAAGACGAAAGAUGCAAUUCUGCUGUGUGACUCAUUGAAGGUGUAUGAGUUUGUAUUGACCUUUCACAAGGAUAAACUGCUUGGCCAGCCGAUUUUCAUCUUUCCCAUUUCAAAAGAAAAGCUGUUGUUCUUAACUGGAUCUUCUGAAGCAAAAGUACCACCAGAGAGACAGCACCAUGCAAAUGAAAGAAGUGAUAGAGAUGAAUAUUCUGGCUUAAAGACCUGCGUAUAUGUGAGAAACUUUCCAUUUGAUGUGACAAAUGUUGAAGUACAGAAGUUCUUUGCAGGAUUUAAUAUUGAUAACAGUGACAUUUAUUUGCUUUAUGAUGACAAAGGAAUUGGACUUGGGGAAGCAUUGGUCAACUUCAGAACUGAAGAACAAGCCCGCAAAGCUGAAAGCUUAAAUCGCCGGCGGUUUUUGGGAACAGAGGUACUCCUAAGAUGCAUUUCUGAGGAACAAAUGCAAGAGUUUGGUAUUAAUAUUUCAUCAACAUCAAAUGCAAAGAUGCAGGAUAAUCUCCAUACAUAUGAAAGAAGUGAACAUUUUUACCCCAGUGGUUCACAAGGAUCCUCUUUGCAUGGGAACUUAAAGCACCUGUCUAAUUGUAGACACCCGUCUGAUGAUUUUAUCGGCUCAUCUGAUCUUUUUAGAGGGCCUCCUGGUGACGGCAUUCCUGGUAGUUUUCAAGAAGGGAACUUUAGGCCUGACUAUAAUUCUAGUGGUGCCUCAGAUCGUGUCACAUUGAUUAAAUUAAAGAAUUUACCGUUUCAGGCUUCUCCUAAUGAAAUUCUGGAUUUCUUCCACGGUUAUAAAAUCAUACCAGAAUCUCUUUCUAUUCUGCGCAAUGAAUAUGGAAUGUCUUCUGGUGAAGCUAUUCUUGCCAUGAUGAAUUAUAAUGAGGCAGUGGCUGCUAUUAAUGAAUUAAAUGACAGGCCAAUUGGCAACCGCAAAGUUAGUUUAACUUUUGGGUAGAUGUGAAAAUGCCUAGGAGGCAAAGUGAAGAUGUUUGCAGUAUUAAUAGAAUAAAACUAGAUUUGUGUUUUUGUUCUUUGGAAAGUGAUGACAAAACAUCCAUCUAUUUGUAAAUAGUUAAUUGCUUUAAAAUGAAAGCUGUUUGAUGCAGUACAGUUGCAUCUGUUAGAAAGCAUAGGUUGUUAGUUACUCUUGAAUAUAAAUAAUAAGUUGAAUGCAAGUUUUGGAUUCUUGUCUGUAACAUUCAAUGGCACAUUGAUUUUUUUUAUUAAUUUCAGCUUAGCAUUUCUUUUAAAAUAAAUGUACCUAAAUGAAAUAUGUGGAUGGUUAAUUUGUAUAUUGCUUUUUUACACCCAUUAGCGUAUGACAGCCCUAAUAAGAACCAGUCUUGUAGUUUGGCAGUGUCUUCCUCUAUAAAUUGUACAAAUUACAGGCUAUACAGGAAAUAUAUUGGUACUACUAGAAGAUAGUUGAAUCUCUUGAAGUUCUAGGGCUAUUGGUUAAACAACCCAAGAUGCAUAUUUUCAUGUCCACUUGGCUUCCCAAAUUUUUGAAUAAUGGUACAGUGGUACCUCGGGUUACAUACGCUUCAGGUUGCAGACUCCGCUAACCCAGAAAUAUUACCUCGGGUUAAGAACUUUGCUUCAGGAUGAGAACAGAAAUCGUGCUCUGGGGGCAGCAGGAGGCCCCAUUAGCUAAAGUGGUGCUUCAGGUUAAGAACAGUUUCAGGUUAAGAACGGACCUCCGGAAUGAAUUAAGUUCUUAAACUGAGGUACCACUGUAAUUGGGUGUCCUCAUACUACUGAUUUACGGAGUGUUUUUUAAAAAAAAUAUCCAGGGAAGAAGAAACGGUCUGUUGAAUGAAAAGGCUGCUUGGAUGAAUAUGUAAAAGCAAGAGUUUAAAGGGAAGUUGUAUUAUCCCCAAACUUCAACUCCCAUGAUGUUGGUAUCAGCGAGCUUCCUGAUUGAUCUUUUUGAAAAAAGGAAAUGUAGCCAUUUUCUAUUCCAUAUCUCUCUGCACAACACUUUUGUUUGGGUCUUCUUCAAACUGCAGUCUUUUGUGAUAUUUAGUGCAGACUACUUUCAACUGCACACCUACAAUGAAAAUUGAGGAAGCACUACUAGAUGGAGUUUUUCAAUGUUAUAAUGCAUUUUCAAUAUUAAAAUGCAGGGGUCAUCAAUCUGACAUUUGCAAAGGAUUUUGUGUGUGUCUCCAGGCAAGUGUCCCCCAGUCUUAGCUUUCAUUUUCAGAAAAAAGCAGGUCUCCAGCCCUCUCAGAAAGAAAGUUAUGUGGCAGAAUGUACAGUACCUUCUAAAUUACCUUGAGGUAAUUUUAUUAUUACCUCAAGAUAAUUUACCUCUGUUUUAAUAUUUAAACUUUUUAUCUUUUAAAGUAUGGUUGUGAAUUUUCCUUGAUUUCCUCAUUUUAUAUUUUUGUAAACCACUUUGAGAUUUGUUUUUUAAUCAAGCAGUGUAUAAAUUUUAUGAAAUAAAUAAGUGAUUUCUGUGA